GGCCGAAAUUUUUUUAAAUUUCUCUUAAUUUUUUACCGAAGGACGAUUUGUCUACCAAAUUAAUCCACGAAUCGCGCCGGCCAAGGGAUGGAGAUGAAAAUCUUUGCUCAGGCCUUUCAUAUCCAAUCGUAUGUAGAGCCAGAGAGCUGGAUUUUUGCCUUCCUUCGUAUUCGACCCAUUUCUCCAAGAAACGUUCUUUACGCUCAUAGACGCCAAGAACAUCUUACAUGGUUUCUUGGUUUCUUUGCGCUCACAGGGGCUCCAGCUUAAUCCUCCCUAAAUUUCUAAACAUGUCGCUCUGAUUUCCACGGCAAUUUCUGUCAAACCGAACGUCCUCUCUAUCUCUCUCUCUGUAUUUCUCUUUCGCCUAGCGCCAUGGAUCCCUACAAGUACCGUCCCUCAAGUGCUUACAAUUCACCCUUCUGGACUACCAACUCCGGUGCUCCGGUUUGGAACAACAACGCGUCCUUGAUAGUUGGAUCCAGAGCUGCCGAUUUUCUUGGACAUGCACCCAAAGGGAAGUAUGACGCUAUCAUUGUCGAUUCAUCAGAUCCUGUGGGUCCUGCACAGGAGCUUGUGGAGAAGCCUUUUUUUGAGACAGCAGCUAGAGCAUUAAGGCCUGGUGGUGUUCUUUGUAACAUGGCAGAAAGCAUGUGGCUCCAUAUACAUCUUAUUCAAGAUAUGAUCUCUGUUUGCCGUGAAACAUUCAAGGGUUCUAAAUUUUUUUAUGGUAGAAUGUUUUUGUUUUGGAGUGAACUAAUGCUUGGCAUCUGCGUAUGUGUUGACCCUUUAUUAGUUCCUUAGAAUCAGCUUUGAUUUGAUAUUUUAGAGACAUUUGACAUAGUGGCAGAAAAUUUGUGGAACUUGAUAGUCAUAUAAAGAGAGGCUAGUCACGAUAGCAAUCAUAACACGACUUUAUUUGAGUUGUAUAUAAUUUGGAUUCUUCUCAUUAUCUGAUAUUAUGUUCCUUUAUUUGUUUCCCGGCCAUGAGAGCAGUGUAGUGCAGGUCCUUCCUGCUAGCUUUUUGCCUUCUCCUACAAAAUCAGCUGGAGAUAAUCUCUCUGAUUUCUCCAAUUCUCUGCUGCGAUGAUGGAGGUUAAUAAGAACUCUGCAUUCUCAAUUUCUCAAUCUUCUGAUGAAAUUAUCUUAUUACUGCCCAGCACUUUUGUUAGUGACAAAGCUUCAUAAUAAUUUCUAAAUGCCAAGGUGCUUCUCACUAAAACUCCUUAAUUUAUCUCCUGCUAUAGCCAUAAGAGUGUAGGGUAGUUGAUUCAAGUUGAGAUUUAUAUUUUCUUCCUUGGGUUUUAUAUUGGCAUGAAGCUUUUUGCUAUGCAGGUUCUGUAAUAAGGGUGAGCAUGGCAUUAAAGAAUUUCUCUAACAAGGAGUCCCUGGUGAGUUAAUUGAAGAUUCCAAAUUUGUACCUUUGACUGCCGAACAACAUUCAAUUUUUAUUUCUGCAGCUUCGAAGAUUUGUCAUCCGGGUUGUGAUAACUAAAGCACUAAUUCCAAAUUUUUUAUGUGAAGGCUGUUGGUGAAGUGAUGCCGCUCUGAAUGGGAAAUUGACUGGAAUGGCUUUCCGUGUUCCUACUGUCGAUGUCUGUGGUUGACCUUACUCUGAGGCUGGAGAAGGCAGCUACUUAUGAUGAAAUUAAAGGUGCUAUCAAGUAAGGGCUGUGAGUAAUUUUUUAAUUCUUGAGUGUCUAUUAAAUGUAUGGUAAGAGUUGUUGCCAUGUGAAACUCCUUGCACCCCAAUGUCAGUUAUCGAUCAUUGCACCCCUCUGCCAGAGAUUUUCAAUACCUUUGAUUUGAAGAAACAACAUAUGCGUGCUAUCUAAAUUAACUCUUGUUUUCUUUUAGUAUAUCAUAUUUUCUAAAUUUUAUAGUUUUACUUUAUUUGUUUAAAA